AUGUCCAUGUUGCCGUGCCGUGUGUUGUGUCUGUUGACCCUAUUGUUCUGCUGUGUGGGUGUGAGUGGCACUACGAGUACUUCUCAGGAUCAGCAGUUAUCUGCAAAUAAUAAUGUUGCCGCUGCAUUGACAAGUGUUACUGGUGGAGUUACAUCAGCAGCAGUAGGACUAUCAACAGUGGGAAAUGGAAAGACCUCCGAGAGUGUAAACGCAGCUCUGCAACUAGCUAACAAACUGAUGGAGAGUGUUACAGCAGCACACACAAAGGCGAAGACUGCUGCAGAUUCCUAUAACAAUGCUGUGCAGACUAUUACUGAGGCACAGACAGCAGCUGAGGACGCGGUUGUAAAGGCAGAGGAGGUACUCAAGCAGGUGGAAGAUAAUGGUGAGCAAAUCGCUACUCAAUCCUUUGAAAAGAUAGCAAAGUUGAGACAGAGUACAAAUCGUGAAACCAUUAAAUUAACAGAAAAAGAAGCUGGUAAUGCUUUCACGGAAAAAACUUCAAAAGUCACUGAAAAGCUCAAGACAGUGUUCAAAAAGACAGAGACCACUCAGUCCCUCCUUGACACAGCGAAGACUGCUGUUGAGGAAAGAUUGUCAUUAACUCCAGAGGUAUUGGUACAGGCCGAGAAGGUGUUGAAAGUAGCCCAGAAUAUUGAGACCACAACACGCAGCGUAGUGGAUUGGGCGGCAGACAUAUUGAAGAAGUGCACGACGGGCUGCAGGAAGGAAACCACAAAAAGUGCACGCAGCGCAGCGGAUGCCGCAAAGAAGACACACACAGCAGCCACAGAGGCAGUGCAGAAGGUAACAGAGAUGCAAAAGAAGAUCACGGAAGCAAAUGAGAAGGCUAAUAAGGAAAUGGAACUCGCAAAGGCAGCAGUAACUGCAGCAACGCAGGCAAUUCAGGAUAAUAAGGCUGCCGUUGUUUCUGCCAAAAAAAGUGGUGAUCCUCUUCCUGAAAAAAAGAAAACACCAGAAGGACAUCCAUCCGCGGUGAUGGCAAAUGUACCCCAAAGUGGUGAACGGGGAGAAGGAGAACAUCAGAAAGAACCUUCAGCUGAAACACUAAAUCUUUGGAAGAGACAAAAGUUAUUCACUCCAGAGGAAAAACAAAAAUGGAUAGAAAAGAAAGAAAAAAAUCUGAAGGAACGUUCAGCCGCAACAGUGGACCUAACUAAAGUGGUCGUGUCGCAGACAAAGACGGUGGUGGCCGCUGCACGUGAGGCGCAGAAGAUGGCGAGGCAAGCAAGUGAUACCCUCAAUGAGGCGAAUGGCUUGGCGACGACGGUGGUGAGUACCCUCCGUGCUGUUGAAGAAGCGGCUGUGGCUGCCGACAAGGUGCGAAAGAAGGCGGAAAAGGAAUGGACGCAAGACCACUCAAACAAAAUAACAAAGAAUGGAGCUGCUCUUGCUUCUGCCAGUAAGGACGGCAGCAGCAGCAGCCCUGCGUUACUGCGUGUUCCACUCCUAUUUCUGCUGCUCUCUUUGCUGGGCUGCAUGACCGUGUGCUGA